GUGUCAGAAGGUGGAGGUGCUGCACCUCCUUCAUUGUCUGAACAAGAACCAACGGGAGAAGAUCCUGCUCGCCUUAGUGUAAUCCAGUUUCUCCGCGGCGCACUCGCUCAGUCGGCCGUCAUGGCGACCGCAGGGAGCCUCUGCUGCGGAGUGAACCGCAUCUAAAAACUCCCCUGGGAUCCAGAUUUCCUUUCCCUGCGCACGGACGUGGAUGUAAUACUUUUAUUUGUGCUGCGGGAAGUACUUUGGCUUGGACAAGCCCGCAUUAGCGGAGAGGAGAAGAAGGGUGCAGGCUUUGCAGUGAGCAUCCCAGAGCACCAUGGUAAAGCCAGAGCCAGAGACCUUCUCCUCUGGAGCAGGUCAGCGUCUUGGAGCCCCUGAGACUCUUGGCAUCAGCACGUUGGACCCCGGCCACAGGCCCCCAGCCAUGCCCCCUGGACGACAUGUCACUGUCAGAGUCCGUAUGUUGGAUGACACUGAAAAGGUUUUUGACAUCUCGCAAAAAGCUUCAGGCAAGGUGCUAUUUGACCUGGUGUGCUCCCACUUGAAUCUCAUCGAAGGUGACUACUUUGGUCUGGAGUUUCAGAACCACCGAAAGAUGAUGGUUUGGUUGGACCACAUCAAACCGAUUAUUAAGCAGCUUUAUCGACCGAAACGCACAACCCUGAGGUUUAGUGUGAAGUUUUUCCCGCCUGACCAUGCACAGCUGCUGGAGGACCUGACAAGGUACCUGUUUGCGCUCCAGAUCAAGCAGGAUCUCUACUGUGGGCGUCUGACGUGCAACAACACCAGCGCAGCUCUGAUGGUCUCCCACAUUAUCCAGUCUGAGAUCGGAGACUUUGACGAGAGCCACUGCCGCUCACACCUGCUAAACAACAAUUACAUUCCAGAUCAGAUGCCACUGAUUGACAAAAUCAUGGAGUUUCACUCUAAGCAUAUAGGUCAGUCACCAGCAGAAUCAGAUUUUCAAUUAUUAGAGGUUGCUCGCAAGCUGGAGAUGUACGGAAUUCAGCUGCACCCUGCCAAGGAUCGGGAAGGUACGAAGUUAAGUCUGGCUGUGGCACACACAGGUGUUCUGGUCUUCCAGACACACACAAGGAUCAAUGCCUUCAACUGGUCCAAAAUCCGCAAACUCAGCUUCAAGCGAAAACGUUUCCUCAUCAAGCUGAGGCCAGAUCUAAACAGCUCCUGUCAGGACACUCUGGAGUUUCUGAUGGCCAGCAGGGACUGCUGUAAAAUCUUCUGGAAGAUAUGUGUGGAAUAUCACGCCUUCUUCCGCCUCUUUGAGGAACCUAAACCCAAGCCCAAGCCUGUGUUCUUCACACGAGGAUCCUACUUCAGAUUUAGCGGUCGCACACAGAAGCAGAUGAUUGAUUACGUGAGGGAAUCCGAGUUCAAGAAGAUCCCAUUUGAAAGGAAACACAGCCGGGUUCGAUACAACAGUCAAGUUCAACAUAAUAGUCGUCUGUCACCGCUGCCUUCCCCUCGCCGCCAUGAAGUGCCAUCAGAAAGUGGUGUUCCUGAGGACAAACUCAGCUCUUCUCCUCGGCAUCACUGGAAGGAGUCGGUGCUUGUCUCUGCUGAUAACCCAACAGCUUCGCACACUUCAGGGAUGAGCCCAGCCCACCAGAGAAAAGGCCAUGAAGACAGAAAGGGGUCCGUUUCCAAGACUGAGGAAUCAAGAGGGUCAACACAACAGACGUCCCCAGAACAUCUGAGCCAAGGUCCAGCAUAUUGUGCUGCCAAAGGCAGCAGCUCAGCCAUCAGUGAUGUAGAUAGUGUGGUUCCUCACAGUCCUCAACUGUCCGGCCACCCCCAUGUGAUGGUGAACGGACAGAAGUCCCUGGAGCUUUGCAGCCACAGUCUGGAUGGCCGUCAGCCUUCGCCUCUGACCAGCCCGUUGCUCAACGACGCCUGCAGCAUUCGCACCGAUGAUGAGGAUGAGGUCCGGAGGAAGAGGUUUCCCACUGAUCGGGCCUAUUUCAUCGCCAAAGAGCUGCUGACCACGGAAAGGACAUAUCUGAAGGACCUGGAGGUGAUGACUGUGUCUUUCCAGAGUGCUGUGGGACAAGAUGAGGCGACCCCUGACUCCCUGAAGAACACCAUUCUCUCCACCUUUGAGCCGCUCCACAAUUUCCACACUGGUUUCCUCAGGGAGGUGGAGCAGAGGCUGGCUCUGUGGGAAGGACGUUCCAAUGCACACAUUAAAGGAGACUACCAACGCAUUGGCGAUGUGAUGCUGAAAAAUCUUCAAGCCUUGAAGCCUCUGACAACGAACAUGCCAAAGCAGUCUGAGAUCCUCCUUGAGCUGGAGAAGGCGUGCAAGGCGUCCCAUAGGGUGGAGAAUUUGUGUAGAGACUUUGAGCUGCAAAAAGUGUGCUACAUUCCCCUGAAUGUCUUUGUCCUGCGACCUCUCCACCGCCUCAUUCACUACAAGCAGAUCCUGGAGCGCCUGUGCAAACAUUACCCAGCCACUCACGUGGACUUCAGGGACUGCAGAGCUGCUUUGGCAGAUGUUUCCGAGGUGGUGGACCAGUUCCAGAGGAGUGUGAUCAAGAUGGAGAACCUCCAGAAGCUCCUGGAGUUGAAGAAGGAUAUGCUAGGUGUUGACAAUCUUGUGGUUCCUGGUCGAGAGUUCAUCAGGUUAGGCUGCCUUAGUAAACUGUCUGGAAAAGGCCUUCAGCAGCGAAUGUUUUUUCUGUUUAAUGACGUCAUUUUGUACACGAGUCGAGGGAUGACUCCGACCAAUCAGUUUAAAGUCCACGGGCAGCUGCCUCUCCGUGGCAUGACAAUCAGAGAGAGCGAGGAUGAGUGGGGUGUACCUAACGCCUUCACCUUGAUUGGACAUGGACAGUCGGUGGUAGUAGCAGCAAGUUCUCUGACAGAGAUGGAAAAAUGGAUGCAGGACAUCAAGAUGGCGAUAGAGAUGGCAAAAACCAGCAAUGGUCCUGCAUCGGACGUGCUGACCUGCACGCUGACUGACAACAAAUGCCCGGAGGACUACCUCGAAGAAGCAGAGUCCGAAGACGAUAUGAUGGCUUCGCACACAUCGCUGGAGAAGCCCACGCCUCACCGUGGCAACACCAUGGUGCACGUGUGCUGGCACAGGAACACAAGCGUGACCAUGGUGGACUUUAGCAUAGCUGUGGAGAAUCAGCUAUCAGGAAACUUGCUGAGAAAGUUCAAGAACAGCAAUGGAUGGCAGAAGCUCUGGGUGGUCUUCACCAACUUCAGUCUGUUUUUCUACAAAUCUCACCAGGAUGAUUACCCUCUGGCCAGCCUCCCUCUUCUGGGAUACUCGGUCACUGUUCCCUCUGAGAAUGAAAACAUUCACAAGGACUAUGUCUUCAAGCUACAUUUCAAGUCCCAUGUGUACUAUUUCAGAUCGGAAAGUGAAUACACUUUUGAGAGGUGGAUGGAGGUCAUCCGCAGCGCCACAGUCCCCUCAAGCCAAGCCCGCCUCCUGAACAGCAAAGAUCCCCACUUUUACUGAGUCGGUCCAAGUUGUUUUCCCCACGUCACAUAUGGGUGGCAUCUGCCCGUCCUGUCCUGCCCCAUCCUUCAGCAACGCUUUGCUUUUAUUUAUCUAUCUGGGACAUUUAUACAUGUGUACAUGCACACUUUGUGCUCUUUACUUUUUAAUGCUUUAAAUGGUGACAGGUCCGCUGGUUUAGACUGCAUCAGAGACUGCGUUUUUAUUCUCCAACUCUAAAACCUCUUUUUACGGAUGUCAUUUUAUACAGCUUUUCUAACGGCCUGAACCACUUUCCAGACUCUCUGGUUUUACAUUUUGUCAUUUUGCAGCAGGAAACCAUGCCAAUGUAGAUUCUCUCUUAGGCAAGAAAAAUUCUCUCAGCAUUUUCAUGUUUUCUUUUGUUUUCAACUUUGAAGACACCUCGCAGUGUCAGUGCCAAAUUGGUUUGUAGCAACAUCAGGGACAUUUUAAGGAGUAGGACGGUCCCCCCGUGUGCUCAUAAAAAAACAGACCACCCUUUAACUGUUAAAGCUCUGCUCCCAGCUGGCCCAGCACAAUGUUCUUGCUAAAGAAACAGAUAAAAGCGUGAAAUGAAAUUUCAGCUGCCAUCAUCACUAAUGCUGUCUUAAAUGAACUCAUUCUUUCUUUAGAUGAUCUUCGUUCUAUGAAAACUGAGUAUUUUUUUAAACUCUGAACUUAUUCAGCUAGAUGAGAAAUGAUGGCAUCUCAUCAUAAUCUCUGCAUUUUGAGGAAACGUGGAACUGAAAGCUAUAUGUGUGUAUGUGUGUGUAUGUGUAUGUGGGAGAGAGAGAGAGAGAGAGAAACAAAGUAAAAGCUUUCACAUCCAAAUUGUUUGUCGUCCUGCCUCCUCCAUCCAGGGGUUUUUAUGGCUCUGAAUGAAUAUGAACAUGUGCAGCUAAGUGUUAUGAAAUGGAAAAACCUUGAUUCUGCUUGGAACUUUUUUUUUGAGACAAGAAGGCUUUUGAAAAUAAAAGCAAUAAAAACAAAAAAAACUUGCCCAAACUCAGA